AUGUUCCAUUUCAACCCAAUUUCUAUAAGUAAGAAUACUAUAAAGUACUUUCCACAUAUAGAAACGCUCAACAUAAGGUGCAAUGAAGACGAAACUUUUGGAAAUGAUGUGUUUAAUGAUAAUUUAAACACACUUCCAAUUGUAAAUAAAAAUAAAAUCAACUUUUAUCAAAUUAAAGUGUGGUGUUCAGUUACAUAUAUUUGUGUUCAUAUCCACAAAGGCGCAAAUAUUCAAUAUAAAAAUGUCAUUUAUACGAAAGAAGACCGAGUCAAAUAUUUUGAUAAAGUGGUACCAAAAAUGGUCACAAAAUUGGGAAACGAAUGCUUUUAUAAAACACAAAUAUCAUCUAUAGAAAUUCCAAAUACAGUCACUUGUCUUCAAGCGAACUGUUUUGCAGAAUGUUUACGAUUAACAUCAAUAACACUACCUUCUAUGUUACAAGAAAUUGGAACACAUUGUUUUAUAAAGUGUUAUGAUCUCACUUCUUUAAAUAUACCAAAUUCAGUUAAUAAUUUUGGAGAAAAUUGUUUUAAUCAAUGUUAUGGGUUAACAUCAAUUAGUAUUCCCAACACAAUUGCUGUUCUUCCAGAUUUUUGUUUCUUUAAAUGCACAACACUACAAAGUGUCACUUUUCCCUCUCGCAUUCGAAAUAUCAAUCAAAUGUGUUUUGCGGAUUGUUAUUCGUUGGAAAGAGUUAAUAUAUCAAAUUGUGAAUGUUCAAUUAGGCGCAAUGCAUUUUGGUCUUGCACCAAUUUGAAAUCAGUAAUUAUAAAUGGAAAUGUAUCAGAAAUAAAUAAAGGGUGUUUUGAGUUUUGCAAUGCAUUGGUCGAUGUUCAGCUGCCCAAUUGUGUCUCGAAAAUAGGCAAAACAUGUUUUAGAUAUUGUAUUUUUCUUCACGACAUCAAGCUUCCAAUUGGAUUAAAAGAAAUUCCUAAAAAAUGUUUUUGUAACUGUUUUAAUUUGGAAAAAGUUAUUGUACCAGAAAAUGUAAGUAAAAUUGGAAAAGGUGCAUUUUUAGGGUGUGAAAUUUUGACUAAUAUCUCGAUCACAAGUCGUGUAAAAAUACUCGAAAAACGAUGUUUCUACUCGUGUAAGUCGCUAGAAAUUGAAAUACCAAAUUCAGUGACUUCAAUCGGAAAAGAAUGUUUUGAAAAAUGUAAAAAUGUUGUUAUACAUACAGACCAAUAA